AAUGAAUAGUUUGUUGUGUUAUAAAAGUUAUGUAAAGGAAAGGCAUUUGAAAAGCGAUUGUAAACAUAAAACAUGUGUUCAAUCAGUAAAUUGUCUCAAAUAUUGACCAUUAAAUCGGCGAAUCGUUUCAGUCAUGCCAUCAAACGGACACCCAAUCACUCGUCGUCGGUGUCGGCGCUGGUGUGGAACCGCUUGUGUCACAGCAAUCACACCAUUGAUGGCCCGAACAGUGAUAAAGACAUUGAGAGGAUAUUUUUGAGACCACGAGUGCAGACAUUAUUGAAGCGAUUGAUUGGUUUCGACGACCAGAAGGUGUUUGCGGCCAAACCUCGGCUCACAUCUCACGCCAAUGAAGUCCGCUUUAUGACAGAUAAUGAACUCAAUUUGAGACUGGAAAUGUCCCGCAAGAAGGCCGCGGAGAAGAUAGCGAUGCCGCCGGUGUUGGCCCCUAAAGAGGACAAUCCAAGAGUGCUGUCCUUUGAUCCCGAAAUCCAAGGAUAUAUUGACAGUAAAUUUGAAUAACGUAUGAUUUAAGCGUUGAUUUCCUUUUAAGA